AUGGCAAAACUUCGCAUACGCCAGUCCAUCCAGCACAUCCAGUAUCUAUAUGACAGCAAUACAGACCGCUCCGUCCUGGAGAAGCUCAUCAAGGCAUGGAGAGGUAUCCAGGCUUUACCGCCCUACCACCCAAACUCCUACUUCAGGAUCGGGGGCUUCCACGGAGAGCCUUUCCGCGGACCGGGUGUCUCUGACACCAACUGGUGGGGGGGAUAUUGCAAUCAUGGCAAUGUCCUGUUCCCAACCUGGCAUCGUGCCUAUCUUCUUCGGCUCGAAGAGGCCCUGCGGUCCAUCGAGGGGUGCGAGGACGUCACGCUUCCUUUCUGGGAUGAGACGUUUGACCUCGACCAUCCCAUCCCUGACAUCCUCACCUCGCCUACCUUUCCACUGGACGGCGGUCCUCGCAACCCGCUCUACUCGUAUACAUUGCAAAAGACGCUCUACGAGAAUGUGGCGGGGAAUCGGUACACCAAGCCCGAAGGGUAUACGACAGUCCGCUACCCUCUCUCCGGGCUCGUCGGCACCCCCAAGGAGGCCGAGGAGACCAAGGUGCACAACGCCAAGUAUGACGACCCCAAGGCGAGAAACAAGAUACUCAACGACAACGUGUCCGCCUGGCUGAAGGGAACCGUCAAGAUCACGCACGACGGCGGCGAAAAGACCAUGUACCCUGACACGUACUCGGUCGCGGCCCGGCUCCGUCUCUGCCUCGCCGCGCCCAACUACACCGUCUUCUCCAACACAUCGUCGCAAUGCCAGUGGAUCACGGACCAUGGCUCCCACAACCCCGAUUACGUCGUGUCACUCGAGUCGCCGCACAACGCCAUCCACCUCGCCGUGGGCGGCUUCUACCACCGCGGUGUGUACGACGCCGACGCCAUCCUGGGCGCCAACGGCGACAUGGGCGACAACGAGACGGCCGGCUUCGAUCCCAUCUUCUUCCUCCACCACUGCUUCGUAGACUACGUCUUCUGGACGUGGCAGAAGCGCGCGAGCAAGACCCAGCCCGGCAGUCUGACCGUCAUCAAGGGCUACCAUGGAACUGUCGUGGAAGAGCACGACGGCCUCCCGUACCUGGCCCCCGGCACCACGCUCGACAACACCACGCCCUUGUAUCCCUUCCGCACCGCUCGCGACGCCUACUACACGUCCGACGACGUGACCGACAUCGAGGGCCAGCUGGGCUACACCUACGCCCGCGGGUCGCUGGACCACGUUCCCGAGGGACCAAGGAGCGGCCACUUGGGGGCCAUUGACGCCGAGAUGGCGGCCAUCAAGCGCGUGAGAAACGUCAGCCGCGCCGACUACCCGGGCUCGUUCGUCAUCCGCACCUACAUCCGCCACCCGCGCACCGAGGAGCAGAUCGAGAUUGGCCGCGAGCCGGUGCUCAGCCGCCGCAACAUCGCGGCGUGCAGAAACUGCCAGAACAAGCUGGACGUGGAUUCGCUGGUGCCCGUUUACAAGGGCAUGCUCGACGCUCUCGGCGUCAAGGAGAUCCCCGAGGCCUGGGCCGAGAUCCACACGCAUGAUCAGUUGAGGCUUCGCGAGCCCUGGCCUGGUAGUCAUCGUAAGCCUAUUGUGGACGAUCUGUAA